UUCCUCAAUUUUACCCUCUCCUAUGAUGGUUGCCCGCGCCCAUACCGUGCUGUCUAUUUUCUCUCUGCUCUCUCUGACAUGCGGAGCCGUGAAGACCUAUGGAGUGGAUCAAGUUGCGCCGAAGGACCUUGGACUUACUUACAACAAUUGCGACUUCUCUAUUUCUUCAUCAGUUCCUAAUAGCAUGGGGACCGUUCAUGAGGCCUCGGCUGUGGACUUAGAUACUUCUAGACAAAGUUAUGAACGUAGAUUAGAUACUAUUAGCAAGGAUUAUAUUGAUCAUCAACGUAUGUUGGAUUCUGAUAUGACUCGUGGACUCAACGAG